AUAGCAGCAAUCAUCGGCGGAGUCGAGGCGGAGGCAAAGAAGGAGAAAGAGAAACGUUGGUGGUGGAUCACGGAAAGAGGAGAAGCCCCUGCGGUUACUGCAAAUCCACCUCCUCCUCUAGCAUCUCCCAUGGUUUAUGGGCACACAGCAUUACGGUUGAUGAUUACCAAGAACUCCUUGACCGAGGUUGGAGGAGAUCUGGCUGCUUUCUGUAUAAACCUGAGAUGGAAAGGACGUGCUGCCCGUCUUAUACAAUUCGUUUGAAGGCAGCUGACUUUGCUCCAUCGAAAGAACAAGUUCGUGUAUUUAGGAAAAUGCAAAGGUAUUUAGAUGGCAAAGAGAACAUGAAUAAAGUUGGAUUAUUAAAAGAUCAGCAAAAUUCACCAAAGACCUCACUCAACCUAAAUGGAGAUGCAUCAUCAUCAACAAAAGUUCCAGAAAUCGCUACCGAAUCUUCAGCUGGUAUAUGUGAAAAUAUGCACCCUGAAAACGAGGUCAUUGAUUAUUUGUCAAAUCUGAUCAACGAAGCUAUAGCUGCAUAUGUUAGAAGUGGUGAGUUUCCUUCUACCGUUCAGCUCCCCAGAGCAGUUGUUAAAAAGGUAACAUUCAGAGCUAAAAGGAAGCUAAUGGAAAUAUCUGAAGGUUUGUUGUACACUAGCAACAUCUCUUUUCAGAUUGCAGCAUUCUUAAGACGCUCAUCUUCAUCACAAGAAACUGCAAGUCCGAUAAGUUCACCAAAUCCAAGGGGAGAGCCUUUGGACAUUUCACCCGCUUUAGUUGCAGAGAAGUUGGCAGGUUUCAUAGAACAAAAUUUGGAAGAUAGAGGGCUGAUUAUCAAAGCUUGCAAUGGUCACAUUAAUUUCUACUCUUAUACUAAACGGGUCGGCUCAUUUGAUUCAACAACUGAUAAAAGUAUGCGAAGUUCCAAUGAAGAUCCUGCUGAGCGCAAACAUAGUUUUGCAGCUCGUGAUGGUGAAGUUCUACCCUCUAAAAGACGGAAACUAGAGAUAAGAAUGAAACGAUCAAGUUUUGAUUUAGAAGAAUUUGCACUAUACAGAAGAUACCAAAUUAAAGUGCAUGAUGAUAAGCCAGAGAAAGUCACAGAAAGCUCAUACAGAAGAUUUCUAGUAGAUUCCCCUUUAGUGUUUGUUCCACCACAUAGUAAUCACAGGGCUGUUCCUUCUUGUGGCUUUGGCUCUUUCCAUCAGCAAUAUGUAAUUGACGGGAAACUUGUUGCAGUAGGUGUGGUGGAUGUUCUCCCAAAAUGCCUGUCAAGCAAGUAUUUGUUUUGGGAUCCUGAUCUUGCCUUUCUGUCACUCGGAAAGUAUUCAGCUCUACAGGAAAUAAAUUGGGUGAAGGAGGCAGAAGCGCGUUGCCCCAGCCUUCAAUAUUAUUAUCUUGGCUACUAUAUUCAUUCCUGCAGCAAAAUGAGAUACAAAGCAGCAUAUCACCCCUCUGAACUUCUCUGCCCUCUUCGUUAUGUGUGGGUGCCAUUUAAAAAUGCAAAACCUUUACUUGAUAAAACGGCUUAUGCCAUAUUAUCAGAUCAUAUGAUGUUGAAUAAUCAGGAAUCAUCAGCACAGAUGCCAAGCAUGGCUAUUGGUAGAUCAGACUCUCCUAAUGGGGAUGCCCAAGGUAAACAUUUUAGUGAUGAAGGUGUGGAAACAGACUUUGAUGUUGAAGGUUCUGAUUCUUGUGUGGAUAAUGAAUCAGACUCAGAAUCUAGCUGUGAAUUGCAUACAGAUGAUCUGGAACCUUUUGAUAUCAGUAAUAUUCUGAUGGAUGUGAAUGGUUCACGCUUCAAAUUCAAGGACCUUCAGCAAAUGUUUGGUCCGGUCGACGACAGAUACAUGAACGAACUUGAAAUGCAGCUGCGCAGAUAUGUAAAAGCUGUGGGUGAGGAGCUGUCUAAACGUAUGGUUUACUCUCUUGGCUGAUUUCAUGGAACCUUAUUAGGAUGGAUUCCCCUUUCUUAUCUUGGAACUUGCUCAACUGGGGUUCCUCUUACCCUGCAUGAUUUUUUUACAAUGGAAAAUAAAAUCGAUCCAUGUGAUCCGCUGAAACCAAGUGUGCUACACUUUUAUGUGGACAUAGCGAUUGUGUGGUCUGUUCGAAUCUCGGGUGAACUGUUAAUAUAUCAUGGCUGGUUCAGUAGAUUGUUCUUGCGAGUCAGUUAUGUUGUUGGCUUUCUGGCUUGCUGGAGUAAUCGUAGGGUCAUUUUGCUAUAUUCUAUUAUCUGUUAGAUUUUUAUCUUUACAGAUGUACAAGGUCCUGAAAUUUCUGUUGUUUGCUUACCCCUUUUCAA